CAUCUUAGGAAGUGCGGUGAAGGGAUAUAGAAAGAAAUAUAAAACUGUUCCAAGUGAUAGCUGAAAUAAAUGUGUCGCGGGGAAGGGAUUCUAUAGACUAGGCUGAGGUGGAAAGCAAACAUAAAUCCUCUGUCUGUGACUCAACUCUGUUUUGACAGCGAAAGUAGGUGUCCUACUGACUUUUUUUCUCUCUCGAAGUUGGCUCUUGUAGUACACCUGAAUAGGCUAGCAGUGGAGGAAAGAACAAUAGCUGAAGUUAUUCUCGAGGAGAGAAUUAUUUGGAGUUGACAAAAAAUAAAAUAAUUUCGGCUUUACUUCUUGGUAAUUGCCUUAAGUUAUUUCAUUUCGAGGAGACUGGAUUUAUUGCACUAAUAGCCAGGCUAUUUUGAGAAUUUUGGGGGGGAUAUCAGAGUGUUUUAAAGACUGUUCAAGUUGGUCACUUUCCAAUCUGGUCCACUUUCGGCACACAAAAAGGGAUUGCACUGUCAGAGAUUUUCUGUCAGAGGAUUUUUUUGAGAGCGUCGGAGCUCAUAUCAUCUACUGAAAUCUUCCUCUUUCCUGGAUCAUGUACCAGGACUACUCCGUGAACUACGACACCUCGUCCCGCGGCAGCAGCACUUCUCCGGCCCAGCCAGAGUCAUUCACGAGCGGCAGCAGCACGAUCGGCAGUCCGAUCUCUACCUCAAGCUACCAGAAAUACCGGGCCGACAUGCCUGGCUCUAGCAGUGCCUUCAUCCCCACGAUAAACGCCAUAACGACCAGCCAGGACCUGCAGUGGAUGGUGCAGCCCACAGUAAUCACCUCCAUGUCCAACCCUUACUCACGCUCCCACCCCUACAGCCACCACCUCUCCAACAGCCCCGGGCUCCUGGGUCACACCACCCUCGCCCGCCCAGGUGUCAUACGCUCCGUCGGAGACACCCGCGUACGACGUAGGAGAGAUGAGCAGCUUACCCCUGAGGAAGAGGAGAAGAGGAGGGUGAGGCGCGAAAGGAACAAAUUGGCAGCCGCCAAGUGCCGCAAUCGCAGACGAGAGCUCACCGAGAUGCUCCAAGGGGAGACUGAGGAGCUGGAGGAAGAGAAGGCUGAUCUACAGAAAGAGAUAGAGACACUGCAGAAGGAGAAGGACAAUUUGGAGUUCAUGCUGGUGGCCCACAACCCCAUGUGCAAGCUGCCCCCGAAUGAUCGCCACCAGAGGAGCCACCACCAGCAGCAGUGUGCCCCUCUCCCCCUGACCAUGCGCAACAAUCUGGGUCCCCGAGGCCCCAUCAACCCCGUUGUGGUAAAGCAAGAACCACAAGAAGACGACGUGGACGGCAAGUCCCAGCGCUCUGUCAUUAAGCCUAUCUGCCUUGGGGGAGUUAGUGGGAUCUUCUGCGAUAGUGACAGCCUCAACACCCCGGUGGUGGCAGCCUCCACCCCAGCAUCCACACCCAGCGCCCCCAGCCUCAUAUUCACCUACCCCAGCAUGCUGGAGCCAGAGAGCCCCUCGCCAUCCUCUGAGUCCUGCUCGAAGGCUCACCUGCGCAGCAGCAGCAGCGGGGAUCAGUCUUCGGACUCCCUCAACUCCCCCACCCUCCUGGCCCUCUGAGCAGGGACAGUUAAGAUGAGGUUCUGGGGGAGGCUGAGCAGCGCCCCCUACCGACUUGGCAGACAAAAAGCACAUUCAAACCUGGACCAAGCCAACCGUGAGCUGUGUUCUUGACACCAGGAACCCUCAAGGGCUAAGCCGCUUGUUUUUCUCAUACGCUUCAGUGUGAUUAAAAAAAAAAAAUGUAAUACCCAAAUGUGUGCACCUGUACCAGCCAGUGUCGUCCCUUCAUUUCAACUCCAGCACAUCAAUUUGCUUGUUGAACAAUAAACAGAUGACAUGGAGGUGAGAAAUGCCAGAAAAGCCAUUUAUGAGGCGGAAACUGGAAAGCAAGACAUAUUUUUAGAUCAACAUUAAGUAAAGCCAUCUGGUGACAGUUGCACUCUCCUAUGAUCAAUUUAUCAAUAAAUCACUAAAUGAGAGACAGAAAUCAGCAUUUCCUCUGACAUCCCUCCUGUUUGAAGGAGGGAUACAGAGACAACGUAGAGAUUUCAAAAGCAGAUGUCUUUUUCUUGAUUUUUGUCUCCUCCCUCACACAGAAACUAUAUUGGGAGACUACAGAGUGUUUUAUAAACAUCUGACUUUAUUUCCAUAUCUACUUGUAUUUAUGGCGUGUGCUAAUAUUUUCUAAAUGUGUGUCCUUGCGUUCUGAUGUUGUCUUCUGAUCUGCCUGUAGAACAGCAAAAUGGUUCACUGGGUGAGCCACAAAGCCUCAGUGUCUCAAAGGAAAAGAGCCAAUUUUUACUCAAUGCCUAGUUCGUCACCAGUCUACUCUUAAAACAUUGAUCAUAGUAUUGAUGGCCAUCGUAUUGAUGUGUUUUCCUCAGUAACGUACCUGAACUAUAUUAUGCAUUUAUUACAAGUUUGUGCGAUUGAUGUGAGGGAUUUCUCUUCUGUGUGGUGGUUGAAUAAUUUUUUUUUUUUUAAGGAGCAGCACGGGCGGCAUCGGGGUUUAAGUGCUGGAGUGAUAUCUGAGGAGAAAUUCAAACAGUGUUCCCUUCUCCUUCUAAAAUGAUGUCAUUCACCAAGACAGUUUGACCAAUGAGGUUGUGAGCAACUCCUUAUACCCCCACUACUGAAGGAGAGUUCAACCAGACACACUAGAGCUUGAUUGAAAGUUAUCCAUUUGUUUUCUAUCAGCAUUCUUUUUUUACUCUUGCCUGUAACACAAACUCUGGCUUUGUCAGAAAAGGGGAUUGGAUAUUGCCAAGUGAUCUCAAUAUUCCCUUGCAAUAGGGUAGGUUUUGAAACCAAAAAAAUACAUCUGUAUAUCAUUUGUACUAAAGGAGGGGUCUGGUUGAACUUUUCAGAUGCUACUGUGGUGUGAAAACAUGGUGGUAGUAGUAAUAACACUGGCUACUUCAUUUUGUAAUUUCAUCAUUAUUAAUGUUCUUAUAAGGGGCAACACCAAUAUGUGGGCAGGUGACCCUAUAUAUCAACAAGCACAUUGAAACCUGUUCACUGGCCAUUGUGUGGCCAUAUCAGACCCAUAGCAAAAACAAUGCACUUUCCAAUUCAUUUUGACUGAUGGGAAAAAUGAGAUUUCUCUUUUCAGCUGGCCUGAGGUGGAAGAGGAAUGUCUUGAGGAUAAUGGUAAAAGAACACUUUUUUUGUGUGUGUGUUUUAUGGGACAGAGGGUUAAGGAUACCAAGCACUGAAAUGGAUAGAAUUGCAAUAUUUCAGACGUAUUGUUUACUUCAAACAUUCCUUACAUGGUCAGUGGGGUAAUGACCUUUGUGGUGAUCACAGGACAGAAGACGGACUGAAAAUUUUUUGUUGUGCUGGGUGCAGCAAAUAAGACAUUAAAAGCAUUGCUGUUGUUGUGGACUAGUCACAUCACUUAUUGAUCUUUGUUUGGAUGGUUAUAGUAUCACAUGAUAGCAUUUGGACAACAACUCCUAUCAUGCAUUGGGAUAAAUUGCAGACCAAGAAAAAAAGAUACCAAAAUGUAAUUGUCAGAGUUUGUCUGUUCAAGUCUUUUGAACCCCCUAAAAACACGUAGGAAAGCCAUCAACUUUAGAUAUUCUACUGUACAUGUCAUCUGCUGUAUGUCUUCUGUUUUUGACAUCUAUUUCUUAUUUUUCCAAAUGCUUUAAUUGUUUAAAAUUAUUCAAAACAAAAAACAGCAAUAUGUAUCGCAAUGUUUGUUAAUUUCGUAAUUCAAUUAUAAUAAAAAGCAUUUUCAACAAGGAA